AGUGAACGCGCCAUAACUGAGAACCUCAUCACUCACGUGACUAUUGUCAUGUGACACAAGCACACGGAAGGCGACCGUGUAAAACUUAUUAUAUCUAAACAUAAGCGUUGGUACCACUUAUAUAGACUAUAUAGUAAUUUCUGGUUUAUUCAGACAACGAAAUUGUUUGUGUAUAUGUAAAAAGUCCUCCCGAGGGUGAGAGGAUUAAAGUGCCUCCAUGACGGCGAGGGUGACUGUUCUGUACUUUGCUAAGAGUGCCGAGUUAACGGGUCACAGGUCAGAGGUCGUGCCCUUGCCGGCGGCAACUAGUAGCUGUCAGCUCUGGGCCCUCCUCCUGGAGCUCCACCCCAGCCUCGCUGCUCUGCAGGACCAGGUGGUGCUCGCCGUCCGUCAGCAGUACGUUGCCCUCGGCGACCAGGCCCUCCUCCUUGCGGACGGUGACGAGGUCGCCGUGGUGCCGCCGCUCAGCGGAGGCUAACGCUCCAUGUCCUCCAGGGAGGAAGUGGGCGGGUCUAUGGAGCCGAGCAGGGACCUGAUUGGUCUGUCCUCAGAGCCACUGUCCAUUGAGAGGGUCUACAGCUCAGCCGUCAGCCCCUCCUGUGGGGCAGUGGCCCUCUUCAUAGGAACGACUCGGGAGCACUUUGAAGGCAGACGGGUGAUUCGUUUGGAGUACGAAGCCUAUGAGCCCAUGGUCAAAUCGGAACUGUCUGCAGUGUGUCGUGACAUCAGAUCUCGCUGGCCAAUGGUGAAGCACAUCUGCAUCCAGCAUCGUCUCGGGCUGGUUCCGGUUGCUGAGGCGAGCGUUGCCAUAGCGAUCUCCUCGCCACAUCGCUGCGAGGCCCAAGAGGCUGUGGGCUACUGCAUCAAUGCUCUCAAGGCCAGCGCCCCAAUCUGGAAGAAGGAAGUUUAUGAAUCUGAAGAAUCGAAGUGGAAGGAAAAUCCUGAAUGUGGCUGGUCUGGAAACAGCUGAAGUGGCUGGCCUAGAAUAGGCUGAAGUGGCUGGUCUAGAAUAGGCUGAAGUGGCUGGUCUAGAAUAGGCUGAAGUGGCUGGUCUAGAAUAGGCUGAAGUGGCUGGUCUAGAAUAGGCUGAAGUGGCUGGUCAAGAAUAGGCUGAAGUGGCUGGUCUAGACAUCCACAAGUAGUUCUAUGCUUUGUUUCUGAGAAACUGAAUUUUGGGUUUUCAUGAGCUGGAAGCCAUAAAGAACAUUAAAACAAAUAAAUGCUUGAAAUAUUUCA